GGCCAUUUUGAGCCGCUACCGCCGUCGCUAGUGCCGUCGUUGCCGCCACUGCCGUCGGAGCCCGUCAGUGGGGCCGAGGACUAGGUUGGGGCUGGGGCCGGGGCCGGGGCCGGGGGCCGGGUCAGGUGGAGCGGAGGAGGAACGGUGAGCGGAGUGGAACCGAGGUGCCGGACCAUGGACGUGAAGCGGCUUAAGGUGAACGAGCUCCGGGAGGAGCUGCAGCGGCGCGGGCUCGACACGCGCGGCCUCAAGGCUGAGCUGGCCGAGCGGCUGCAGGCGGCACUGGAUGAGGCCGCCGCCGAGCCCGAGCCCGAGCCGGAGCCGGAGGCCCAGCCCGAGCCGCCCGCGCCAGCCCCCGAGCCGCCGCCGGGACUCCCGUCGGGGCCGCCACAGGACGUCCAGGAGACUCCUCGGGCCGAGCCGCCGCUGCCCGUCCCGGAGGUCGCGGACCCAGAUGGCUCCCGCGAACCCCUGCGCGCUGCGGAGCCCGCGGGCCCAGAAGAUGUCACUGGCAACACUGCAGAACAGAAUCAGUUUUAUGAGACCACAAAGGUUCAUCAGGAGAAGAAAUCGGGCUAUGAGAGUAAGCCUCCAGAGCUGGAGCUGGAACAGCAGCUGCCUUCCUACCCAGUUGAAGUAAAGCCUGGGAUAAAGAAGGAAGACUCCUUUGCCGGUUUCCCCCCUUCUAAUCCUUCACAGCCUCACCUGUCCAAUAGACAUUACCAGAGUCGCAAAAGGCCUUUUGAAGACAACCGGGGACGUGGUUACUAUGAACACCGAGAGGAUAAAAGGGGCCGUUCACCUCAGCCGCCUGCUGAAGAGGAUGAGGAAGAGUUUGAUGACACCCUUGUCGCCAUCGACACGUAUAAUUGUGAUCUUCACUUCAAAGUAGCCCGGGACCGGAGUAGUGGCUACCCACUCACCAUUGAAGGAUUUGCAUACCUGUGGUCUGGUGCCAAAGCCAGUUAUGGGGUCAGGAGGGGCCGAGUGUGCUUUGAGAUGAAGAUCAAUGAAGAAAUCUCCGUGAAGCACCUUCCUUCCACAGAGCCUGAUCCCCAUGUUGUGCGAAUCGGCUGGUCGUUGGAUUCUUGCAGCACACAGCUAGGUGAGGAGGCAUUUUCUUAUGGUUAUGGGGGCACUGGAAAAAAAUCUACCAACAGCAGAUUUGAAAACUAUGGGGACACGUUUGCUGAAAAUGAUGUAAUUGGCUGUUUUGCGGACUUUGAAUGUGGGCAUGAGAUAGAGCUUUCUUUCACCAAGAACGGGAAGUGGCUGGGCAUAGCCUACCGCAUCCAGAAAGAUGCCCUGGGCGGCCAGGCGCUCUACCCCCACGUCCUCGUGAAGAACUGUGCCGUGGAGUUCAACUUUGGCCAGAGGAGAGAGCCCUAUUGUUCCAUCAUCCCAGGGUUCACCUUCAUUCAGCACGUGCCUGUGGGAGAGCGAAUUCGGGGAACCAUCGGACCAAAGAGCAAAGCAGACUGUGAGAUUCUGAUGAUGGUGGGCUUGCCAGCAGCCGGCAAAACCACGUGGGCUGUCAAGCACGCAGCUGCCAACCCUACCAAGAAAUACAACAUCCUAGGUACCAACGCCAUCAUGGAUAAAAUGCGGGUGAUGGGCCUCCGCCGCCAGCGCAACUAUGCCGGCCGAUGGGACGUCCUCAUCCAGCAGGCCACUCAGUGUCUGAACCGCCUCAUCCAGAUAGCCGCCCGCAAGAAACGCAACUACAUCUUAGACCAGACAAAUGUUUAUGGAUCAGCCCAGAGACGAAAAAUGCGUCCUUUUGAAGGCUUCCAACGCAAGGCUAUUGUCAUUUGCCCCACGGACGAGGACCUGAAAGAUCGGACGAUAAGGCGCACCGAUGAGGAGGGGAAGGAUGUGCCUGAUCACGCCGUGUUAGAAAUGAAAGCCAACUUCACACUGCCCAAUGUCGGGGACUUUCUGGAUGAAGUCCUUUUCAUUGAACUCCAACGGGAGGAGGCUGACAAGCUGGUUAAACAGUACAACGAAGAAGGCAGGAAGGCCGGACCUCCUCCGGAGAAACGCUUCGACAGUCGCGGCGGCAGCAACUCAGGAGGCUUCCGGGGCCGGGGGGGCGCUGGGGGCUUCCAGCGAUAUGACAACCGAGGACCACCUGGGGGCAAUCGUGGGGGCUUCCAGAACCGAGGCGGCGGCAGUGGCGGUGGUGGUGGUGGUGGCGGUGGUGGCGGCGGCGGCGGCGGCGGCGGCAGCUACCGAGGAGGUUUCAACAGAGGUGGGGGUGGCAGCAAUAACAGUGGCGGGGGCUACCCCCAGAACCGCUGGGGCAGCAAUAACCGGGACGCCAGCUCUAACAAUCGAGGUGGCUACACACGGGCCCCUCAGCCACAGAGCUACCCCCCCGCCAGGAGCCAGCCCCCCAGCGCCGGCGGCAACACCGGACCCAGUGUCACCAGCUACAAAAGCAGCAACAUCCCCACCUCGGGGGCUGGCAGCGGCAGCAGCAACCCUCCUGUCAGCAGCUACAGCCCCCCCCAGCAAACCUAUACCCCGACCUAUAACCAGGGAGGGUACACCCAGCCAGCUUACACAGCGCCUCCGCCCCCCCCCCCUCCCACCUACAACUAUGGGAGCUACACCCCACACCCCCCUUACACCCCCCCGCCACCCCCUACCGCACAGACCUACAAUCAACAGAACUACAACCAGUAUCAGCAGUACGCCCAGCAAUGGAACCAGUACUACCAGGGCCAGUGGCCACCAUACUAUGGCAACUAUGACUACGGGAGCUAUUCGGGGAACACACAGGGGGGCUCGAGCACGCAGUAG